GGAAAUGCUGCGAGGGCGGGUGGCGCACCGGGCGGCGCCGUUCCGUUAUUCGCCAUACUUACACAGCAGCGCACAACGAACGGACUUAUUAAGGCACCUGGAAGCGCCUCUGCUUUUCAAAAAAAGACAUGGCUGAGGAUGACGUUACUCCAGAGCAGCUCGCAGCCAUCGCCGCAGAAAAUGAGGAGCCAGAGAUUGUGAACUACAAGGCACCUGCCCAAAAAACGGUGCAGGAGAUCCAUGAGAUGGAUAAGGAUGACGAAAGCUUACGUAAAUACAAGGAAGCCCUACUCGGCACUGGAGUGGCUGAAGCUGACCCCAGUGUUCCCAAUGUCCAGGUUACCCAAAUGGCUCUGAUGUGUGAAAGCGCCCCAGAUCCUCUGGUGCUGGACUUGCAAGGAGACUUGGAAUCCUUCAAGAAUGAGGCCUUUGUUCUAAAGGAAGGAGUUGAAUACAAAAUAAAGAUCAGCUUUAAGGUAAACAGGGAGAUUGUUUCAGGUCUGAAAUAUGUGCAGCAGACAUCCAGGAAAGGAAUGAAAAUUGACAAGUCGGACUACAUGGUGGGCAGCUACGGGCCGCGCCCGGCUGCAUAUGACUUUGUGACCACGGUGGAGGAGGCCCCUAAAGGCUUGCUGGCCCGCGGCAACUACGUCAUCAAAUCCAAGUUUACCGAUGACGACAAGCACGACCACCUGAGCUGGGAGUGGAACCUCAACAUCAAGAAAGACUGGAAAGACUAAACCGAGCCUUUGAGUGGGCGGCAAGUGAAAGAUGUCUACCUGCUGUCUGUCGCGAGACACCUGCCGCCCUGCCACCCAAUCCUGCAGUCUCCUUCCGCCAUUUGGGCCUUCCUGUUUUUGUUUUUUUUUUUACCGCUGUACAUUUCAUGUUGUUAUGCCUUGUCUGCUUACGCCUCCUUUCGUUUGUCUUAACACCCUGACAUUCCUUUGACUUCUCCUAGCAUCAGUAGCAGCACUAUUCCCUCGCCCCCUGUCCAUCCAAUCGCAUCACCUCAUUAAGCUUGGAUUGGUGGAACGUCACUGCCCCUUUGCAACACCACCACCCGCUUCACUCCCCUCUUGCUUUUGCUGGUCGCCGCUUCAACAGAAUGCUGUCUUCCUCUCAGAAUGAAGUACAUGGUUAAAGCAAGUGUACAAUCAACUUGAGUUUGCCUUUCGAUCUAGUUGUAUCACUGGUUGUGUAACUGUGUGACUGUAUCAACCUCACCGAUAAUCAGCUGUCUCCCCACCACAUCCAUUAUUCCUUUCCUGCUUGCUGUCUUUUGAUAAAAUGACCAAUACCUGCCUUCAUUCAGAGCUGCUCCGUAUGUCGUCCUGCACUCCCUUUUCAAAUGGGAGCGUGGCCCCAGAACCAAUUGGUCAUCCAAACCUGCCUUAUGAUUGGUUAAAGCAAGACUAGUAUCACCCUGUGCGCAGUUUUGCUGCCGGGUAGCCUGAAAGUCAAGGGCUCACUUCGCUAUCAACUAACACCCACCUGUAGCCCUGUUGAUGUGGAGAUUGUUUCGACGGGUUACUUGUCGGCUGUGCACAUGGCCAACGCUCCCCAAAAUGAACCCUUCUUAUAUAAUUGCAGGGUAAUGAAUGUUUAGAAGAAUUGGAGAAAAACAAAAAAAAGCCUGAAGCCUUAUUACAAAUGAUAGUGUUCAAAUAAAAACGGUCACAAAUGUUUUGUCUUAUUUGAUUUGGUGGCGUUUCUCUUUUGCCUUAACGUACACGUGCCCUCCUGCAACACCCCCCGAGCUGAUUCCGAUUGGAUUGUGCUUGCAAUCAGCGGGCCGCCGCCGGGCGACAUUGACGGCGUCAGGAUCGGCCGCAAGCCAGUUUUUUUUUUUUUUUUUUUUUUUUUUUUUUUAAUGCAUUGACAACAGUCACAUAACCCUUAAAGCAGUAGGAUUUCAAUUGAACACUGAAACAAGUAACCUGUAACAAACCCUAAAUGAACUUGGGCUGGUCCAACGCAUUUGAAUGUAGUAGUCGAGCCUUUAUGUUGUUUUAAUGGAAGCUACUGUAUGUAUUCCUGCGCCAUACAUUCCUUCACAUUGUAUAGUUUCUAUGAAAUCACUGGCAUGCUGGUGGGGUUGUACAUGAUAUCAUUUGUGAUUGUUCUUGGUCAAUAAAGAUUUUGCUCAACUUGG